GCCUCACAUGGGUUUACCCCUUGCUUACAUUUGUUGAAUGGAUAUCUUACACAUCUAAUGUGUCCUAUUCAUAGGCCAUAGAAUAUGUAUUUCUAGUAUAAAAUACCGAUAGCACUAUACUAUUAGUUUGUGGUAAACGAGGUGCUGUUUUAAUUUCACACGAUUUCCUGAUAGUUCAUUGAUAUCGAGUCUGUGUAUAAGAUACUUUCGCCUCGCAGCCUUGAUUUUGUGUUAGUAUUACUGUUUUCUGUUUCAAUGGAAGAAUAUGUCACAGGCUAUCAUAUGAUAUUAUUGAAUUGUUAACUGACAAAUUUUGAAAUUACCACAGUCAUAUUAAUCGAAUAAAGAGUUAUAAGCAGAUAAGUACGGGGUUGUCGCAUCAAGGGCGAUAACUCGUUCAUUCAUACGUGUAGAGAACCAAAGGCCGAAUCUCAAUACGAUUAAGCAAACAAAUGGUUGUCACCUUGGGGACGGCGACGCUGAAAUGCAAGCGGCCUACUAAGAAAGCCAUAUUGAACAGAUAAUGCCCCGAGUCGAAUGUGUAUGGUUGGUCGGUUGUGUUGUAGUGGAAAUGAUACAGUAGCAAUGAGGAUUCAGAGGGGAAAGUCCCACUUGGAGAAUGUUACGAUCAGUUGCCUAACGGGAUAUCACUAAACAUUUGGAUAGUGUUUCAGUCGAAAGAUGUUGGACGUAUACAACUUUACUGGGUCUUCCCUGUCCAGUACAAUGAAGCACCCACAGUCUAACCUGGAAACCUAUGAGUUUAACCUGGGAAAGGCCCCUGAACUCAGAUGUGUUUUUUCACAAAAAGCAACUGUGUGUGGAAAAUGUGAAACAUGCGAGUUAAACGACCGACUCAAAUAUGUUAAGGAAUGGUUUGUCCGAUUUGGAGAUCAUUCCCAGAAACGCUUCAUGUUGGGAUUAAUGAGACGCAUACACAGCAUUAACCUACUACAACAAUUAGUGACUCUUCUUCAACCUUUAGUGAACAAGGACUUUACCUAUGCUCGGACAAGAACAUGCCCAAGCUUACGAACAGAUACAAUGACACUUAGCUCAGAUCGGAGUUUAUCAUCCAGUGCUGUUGAGUACUAUAUCACCUCCACAUGGGACUGGUUUGCAAAAUCAAAUUAUUGGUCAAAAUCAAAUUUCGCUUUGGCAUUAUUGCGGUUGUGUGAUGUUCAUCUUCUACAUAUUCUUGGGACUCAAGCAAGAACUUUACUCAUCUCAGAGGAGAAUGCAUGCGGAGGCCAUGAAGAUUUGUCUCACACUGAGGCGUCAUCUGUUGCUGCUUCUGAUUAUUCGUUUGAUUCAGUUGACCAUCGAGAGCUCCUACUUCUCCAACAGUCCAGUUCUCACUAUGACCGAAUACGCACUGACCCUUUCACUGGAGAAAGUAUUUCUGAGUAUGAUCAAGGCAUUAUCAAUGAUGACAGUGGAGAUGAGACCCUCACAGGAUCAUCUGAUCUCUCCAUUGACCCAGCGUGCAUGGUGGUGUCCACUUCAUCCAAAGCUUACUCUGGGGUGUCUCGGUAUCGAGACUUCAUCCGGUUGUUGCCUGUACAUCUGUCAAAGUAUAUACUGAGCCUUUUGGACAGACCGUCACAACAGAAUGCACUCUGUGUGAGCCAGAACUGGAGGGUCCUCAUUGAGGAGGUUCACAAGGAGUUCUAUGUCAAUCAACAGCUCUGGGAGGAGGUCAUGUUGAUGCAAGGAGCAGCAGCACAAGGUGUGAACUCAGUCUAUGCCAACGAUGUCGAUGUGAUAGUUCCCAGGAUUGACUCUGACACCAACGAUGUCAUUGCCACUGAUGGUGCUGUCAUCAAGACAAUGUUCAAGAGUGAGAUCAACUUCAACACUGCGUACAGUGGACUGGCCACCAUGAAGGUCAUUAUGGAGGAAAGGAAUGUCUACUGUGGAGCUUACAACGUGAUGGUUAUAUGUGACCAAGAAGACAUCCACCGAGUGAUGCACACUGAUGGGGGACAGACAAUAGCCUUGGGUUCCAAGGACCGCAAGGUUCGGUUCAUUGACUGUGAGUCUGGGAAAGAGAAGGGGCCAGUGAUCACUGGUCAUGCUGGAUCUGUCCGUUGUACCUUCCUCUGUGAGAAGAAAGGCAUUGUGUUGAGUGGUAGCUACGACACCAGUGUCAGGUGCUGGUCUAUUGAAACUGGGCAGUGUUUGAAGAUAUUCCGCGGUCACCGCGAUACUGUUGUGACAAUUAUAGUACAUGGAGAGACUCUGGCUACUGGAUCAAAAGAUUCCUCUUGCAAGGUAUGGAACCUUCAGACAGGAAAAUGUUUGCGAACCUUUCGCCACCGACACCCAGUUUUGGCUGUAGCUCUGUCCAAGGAUCGUUGUAUCUCAGGAUGUGAGUCAGGCAGGGUCAAAGUGUGGAAUGUUGAGACAGGGGAACUCAUCAAGAGGCUGUCAGGUCACCAGGGGCCAGUGACCGCCAUCAAAUUUGACCGCUGGCAUAUCAUCACAGGCAGUAAAGAUGGCUAUGCCUUGGCAUGGAGUGCCCUGGGAAAACACUCUCGCUGUCUGCAAGCUCUCAGACAUCCCAAAGAGGUGCUCUGUCUGGAGUUCAUGUUCCUCCGCGUCAUCACGGGAUCGGCUGAUGGUCGCCUCAGGAUCUGGAAUAUCAAAACUGGCCAGUGCUGUCGCAUCAUGAGAGGCAACAGUCGCAGUGACCCAAUCCACUCCAUCAUAGCUCUGGGGGAUAGAAUCACACUGAACACUCACAACAACCUGCUUGUAUUGAACUUUGAGAAGGUUGACUGGGACUAUAGCCUGGAGACAGACAAGGUGCCAUCCCUAGUGCAGUACAGUUCCUACUCAGACUCCCCAGUCAGACAGCAGCCAUACUCCUACAUCCGGGCACAGAGGAUGAAGGUGGCAGGAGCAGCCAACAAGAAGAUCAUCAACCAUGAUGGCAAACUGGAUCAGCCACUGAGGUGCACGCCUCUCAUGCAGACCUCAUUUCGUGCCCCUCAGAUACCUCACAGCGCUAAAACACUCAGUACCCACUCUAUGUCUGAGGCAAGGAUGAUCCAGUUCAGCAGAGGAACAUCUGGUCUAGAGAGUCAGGAGUGGACAACAUCAGGUCCAGGUUUUACCACUGAUUCGCGUAUCACCUUUCAAACUGACCAUGGCCAGACCAUGUCUCCUCCUAACAGCGCCUUUAAGAAACCACCUCUGUCGCCUCAAGCUCAGUCGUCAGCUCACUCUCGGACCCGUCCAGGAACAUCCAAGUCAGGCAAGGGACAACCUACUGUUACUAUUUUAGAGCAGAAGCCAGACGAUAUGGAGGAAGAAGAUGUGCCAACAGAACCUCCUGUUAUUCAUCGAAGAGUCUCAUGGGCAUUUGAUAAACCUCUUACUAACAAAUCAAAAGAUUUUAGUUUGUCUGAAAUGAAGUCUUUGCUUCGCUCUCAAAUUAGAAUGAAAGCUGAAAGUGUGAUUCCUCCUGACUUUAUUUAUUUGACUGUAAAUACAAUUCAGAACUCCAUGAAACCGAGUGAAACAAAUAGAAACACUCAGAAUAAUAUCAGAGAUAUUGAAGUAGUUCCCUACACACAUAAGCAACGCCCAUCAUCCUCCCCUGGGAAGAUUGAUCCCAGGACAAAAGUACCCAUUGAAGACCUGGAUCUGGAACAGUUCAUUCCUGUAGGACAAGGGGAAACAAUAUCUGACUACUCAGAUCUUAGAUCUGUGCGUUCACUCCGAACCAAGGAACAACCAAAGCCUCCACCAAUACCACCAAAAGAGUCCAUUGCGACUCGCUGUGUAUCCACUCCUAUCAACCCAUCUCGACACAUAAGCAUCCAUCCUAAGAGGAUCAAGUCAACACUACCAAGAGGUAGAGUUAUCCGACCAAUAUCUGCUGCUGUGAUGCAGAGGACAUCAGCUCAUCCUCCUCUCAGGGAACCCAAGUCCCAGCGUCCUGUGACAGCCCCAAAUUUGACCCGCCCCAUCACCUCGACAUCCAUCCCUCUUAGCAUUGCAACAGCACUACCAGGGGCUCCUGUCCAUCGCCCCAAGUCACGUGGACUGACGUCCUCACAACAUACAUCCAAUGUAGUCCCGAUGCUUAUGUAUUCAAAAGAAGUGAAGGACACUAUAGAGAUGUUCAAGCAAAGACAGAAGGACCGAGAACAGCUAAUACCUCGAUCAGCAAGUGAGCCUAGUCUGGGAAAAGUCAGUCCAUUCAAUGACCCAUUGAGAAGUCAUGUCCGAUUUGAGCUCAGGACACACAAACAAGAAAAGGAGUACAUCAACGACAUUGAGACCAUGCAUCGUGAUCAGAAACAACGGGAAGAGGAUACACUGGAGAAAAAGAAGAGAGCAGCAUGGUUGGCUAGGGUCAAGAGCAAAGAGAUUAAGGACAAAGAGGUCAAGGGCAAAGAAGUCAAGGACACUCUAAAGACUGUUAGUGUGCCAAAAUUAGAGUUGAGCCAGUAGAAACUAUUGAAAUUCAAAACCAUUUUACAAAAAGUAUGACUUACAAAACAUCCUCCUACUUACGAAAAUAACAAAAACUUUAGUGUGAUUCCAGUACUACAGAGGACUCCUAUAAUAACUUCCAAAAUGAAGACUUGUAUGUUAGACAUGAUUGUGUUUAUUCCUUCUUUAUUUUACCAUCCCAGUAUUUCAGGUUAGAUUCUUCCAAGUCUCUCUUCCAUUUCAUUAAUAACUAAACCUCCAAUAGUAUGUCAUUAACAUGAACACUUUUAUUUGAAUUUGAAAGAAAAACAACACUUUUUUUCAUUAAAUCUGUUGUAUAUCUCUGUACCAACAAUAUCUUUGAAACAACAUAAGAAAUAUUGUUUAUUGUGAAUUUCAUUUUUAUUGAGUUGAAGAAGUUUGACUGCUGAAAAUUUAAGACCUUCUUGAAACAUUCUUUACAACCUUUGACGUGUCUAUUUACUACAUAACCAAUAUGUUUAUCUCCAUUAUAAUUCUAUGAAAAUGUGAUAACAAAUGCUUUAAAAGUUUCCAAUGUGAGUUGUGUCAGUGAUUGGAUAUUAACUACUGUAACAAGUGUUGCAUUGAAAGUGCCAUUGUGAUGCCUUUGAGAAAGGGUUAGGUUUAAGUGAUGAUGUGUUUACUAACAUGAGUGUGAUACAUAGACUGUGUGAUUCUUACUGUUUGAACCAACUCUUUAAUGUGUAGGAGAGGCACACAAUCGUACAUAUAUUUUAGACAGCUGCAAAUAUUACAAAUCAAAUAACAUUGGAUCAUAAAACAGAAAAGGUAUUGUAAGAUAAAAAAGUAGACUUAAGAUGACCGAUAGUAGAGAUGUCCUUGAUGAAGCAAGUAAGAAUCACUAGCUGCAGUGACAGUCACAUUCAAGCAAAAUUGGAAUGUUUAAAUUUGAUAUGCUUCAGGAUAAACCUCAUUCACCAAAGGUAAAUAUUUUCAUAAUAGUUAGACUUAUGUUAUAUGUUUGAAUUAAUUUUAUCCCUAAACUACUUGAAGCCAGGAUUUGAAGAAAUUAGAGACUAAAUUAUUACUGUAUUGUCCCGUGCUAUUAUAUAUCCACAUAUCCCAAUUGUUGUGGGAAAAUUGUAUUUGUUCUCUUUGUCUUGAGUCUUUGCUGAGCAAAGCACGUUAUAACUAAAUCAAAAUUUCAACAUAACUCUAGAUUUGGAGAUAUAAGUAACUCAACAGUUAUUUCCCUUUACAGACAUACCGGUACUUGGAGAUUCUACUGAAAGUAUGAUAUGUUAAAAAAGUGAUUAAAUUGUUCUUGGUGUAUCUAGAAUUUCCGCAUGAUGCUGAAUGUCUAACAUAUGAAGUCAUAUUACUGUUUACAUAAUCAUAAAGAAGCUUUUUACGUCUGAAAAUUGACAAAAUAUCAGAUUUCAACUCUUGACAGUAUAAGACUUUAAUUUAUGAUGUAAACAAACAGAACAAAUUGGAAAGAAUAUUUUCUCACAGGAUCGGCUUCAAUAUAUAUUCAAGGAGAAUUUGCCAGUUUGUACUUAUUCAUCAUUUGUUUACAAGAGUUUGUUUUAUUAACAUGUGGAUUGUACAUAUAUUCAAUGUAAUGCCAGUUAGUGCUACGUGUGUCUGUCUCAUCAUCCCCAUAGGGCAUCUCAAGAGCAAGGUGCUUGUUUGCAGCAGCAGCUAGAAGUCUCUGUCCCAUGUAUUCCCGAAGUCAUACUACUCUGUACAGUGAAACCCUGCUAAUCCAGACAGUCCUGUUCCCAGUUAAAUGAUUGGCAUGUACAUUGCUUGUACUAGUCCACACAUAUGCUGGUUAUAUAGUGCUAGCCUGAGAUACCAUACCACACUGUUAACAUGAAUACCCACUCAGACACAGUGUACUGACUCCACCCAGUGUUACUUUAUCCCCUUGAUGCCCAGCACAAGGCAUGAUAACAGUAAGUACCAUGUUUCAACAUAUUUUCAUAUGACAUGGAUGUGGACUUAACCCCAAACCUUCCACUGAUCAGGGAGGUGCUGUAUUCAGUGGACCACAGGGCCGGUAACAAUAAUGAGUCAUGGGUAUGUGGUAACUCUGUUGUGUUCACAUAUACAACAAUGAAUGUCUGGACUGCAGGGUUUCUGGAUCAACCAUGUCCUGGCUAAUGAGGUUUGACUGUAGUUGCCUUAUUUGUUUCAGUGUGAUUGUAUAUCCAACUUACAAUAUCAGUAUUAUGUGUACUCAUAUAUAUGUUUGUGUCAGUGUUGUGACAAAUUUAGAGUCUUGAAAAUGAUGCAAUCUGGAGAUUUUCUUUUAAAACAGGAUUGUGAUAAAAACAAUUAUCCAAUUUGAUCAAUAUACAUAAAAAAUAUCCAUAACUAUAAGUAACAUGUGUCUUCUAUUUAAAAACCAUAUACAUAUGUAGUGGAAGGAUAAUUUCUAAUACUAUGCAUUGGUAUAAGCUGUAUUUUGUGACAUAAGAUAGAAAGUCAUUGUAAAAUCCUUCCAGAUAUUGCCAUGUGUUGAUGUACUCUUUACUAGGUUUUCUAUUUUUAUAUAUCAAAGUCUGUGAUAUCUUGAUUUAUAUUGGUCUGUUGGAUGAAAAACAGAAUAAAAUAAAUAUUCCAAAUA